UGCCCAUUUUGACUCAGUCAACGCCACUGUUACACUUCCAAUUUGGUUUGAGUGGGCGAGGUGUUCGGCUUAAGCAAACCCACACCAAGUUUCCGCUGGUUGUUCGAUGAAUUGCCAUUUUGAUUAAGAUCAACCAGAACUAGUACGAAAUUUUGUUUUCUUAAGGUCCAAGCCACAUCUGUUUUUUCAGUUGUUGCGCCAUGUUCAUUUUCAAUCGAACCCCACAAGAGGUUUCUCGCAAGUCUAUCAAUUCAGUGGAGUCGCUUGACUUCUAGUUGAUCACAGCUACAGCAUUACAUGAGAGGCAGAACUCAAGGGACCGAUUGAGUCAGAGUCACUCGCUUGAUCUAAUACUUCUAGAGACGAAGAACAUUACACUUAGCCGUGGAAUAGUGUGCGAUUCAUCUGCAUCUUGGCCCCCAAAAUUUUUCUGGAUUUGUCAAUGAUGAUGGUGCUCUCCAGUAUUUCCUAAUGCACCUCGUAAAAACCUAGGACUCCCAUCACUGUCAAAUUCUCUAUCAGUUACUGUCAAUGUUAUCAACUAGAUGAAUGUUGUCAAUAACAACAGUGAUUCAAAAGUAUAACAUCAUAGCAUCCAUGUCAUACUUCUUCCAAUUCCUUUUCAGGGCAUGGAAUGAUUCGGAAAUGUCUGUUGGCCAUCCUCAAAAAUUUUGUUUCUACUAGAGCUUCCAUCACUGAGAUUGUGCAUUUAACUUUUGUAUUUCUGUUUAAUCGCUCAUCAAUAACUCAAAUUUUCAGACUUUGGCAGCUGCAGGUUCUCUCCACAAUGAAUAGAAGCUAGUGAAAGAAUGCUGACGAGCCUCUAAAUAUUCGGAACAAGGAUAGCUCACGGCUCAGCGAGAAUGCGUCUGACAAAAGAGGCUCUAACCCAAGCAGUCUUCAUCCUUUCAUUAAACAUUUUAUCUGCCAAUUCCGAAACCUUCAAAAACAUUUCUUUCAAUAUCCCUUCUUUUCAAUUGAACGAUCAGAGAAUAACUUUUCAGGGAAAGUCUACCGUACUGAACUCCAGCAUCCAACUCACUCCUGGUGCGAAAAUUCUCGUGGAGAACCCCACAUACAUAGCUGGCCGAGCAAUGUACCAUGAACCCUUGCACCUGUGGGAUAGUUCAACAGGGAACGUGGCAGAUUUUGUCAGCCAUUUUACUUUGGCUAUCGAUUCCAAUGAGAACGACUCCCAUGCUGACGGAUUGGCAUUCUUUCUCGCUUCCAGUGGAUCGCAGAUCCCUGAACACUCAGAAGGAUGCUUUCUAGGCCUCACAUCAAAUCUAAAUUCUACCAACUCUAGUACUGCAUUUGUUGCAGUAGAGUUUGAUACUUUCUAUGACCAUUCGACAAAUAAAUGGGAUCCGCUAUGUGAACAUGUCGGUAUCGAUGUAAACAGCGUGGCUUCUGUCCGUGAAACUUGUGUCUCAUGGAUGGAAUACAACAUACUCCAUGGUCAAGAGCUCCAUGCUCAGGUCACAUACGAUUCUAGAGCAAUGAACUUGAGUGUUGUUUUUGGAGAUAAUGCUGAAAAUUCCGUCAGCCUUCACUAUCAGCCACUUAACCUGACAGAGUACUUGCCGGAAUGGGUGGAUUUUGGUUUCUCAGCAACAACAGGGCAGUUGUUUGAGGCUCAUACUAUUUUCUCAUGGGAAUUCAACUCUAGUCUGCAAAUCCUUGACAAUGUAAACAGUACAACAAAUGAGACUAACGUCGACCCACCUACAGGUGGUAUAACUCGAGGAGAAAAAAGCAAGUCGUGGGUUAGGGGGACUACCAUGGGCUUAAGCUCUUUGGUGUUGCUUAUCCUUGUUGCAGGAUUUGGCUGGUAUGGUUAUAAGCUAAAGAGAAAUAAGAAUGAUCAAACUGGAGAAGAAGAAGACGUUCCGGGGAUUGAUGAAGGAUUUGAACAGUCCAGGGGACCCAAGAAGUACUCCUACAAGGUCUUGGCCAUGGCAACUAACAACUUUGCCAAUACCCGAUUGCUCGGGGAAGGGGGUUUCGGAGGAGUGUAUGAAGGACACCUCUCUGAUGCAAAUUCCCAUGUCGCUAUCAAGAAGAUCUCUCCAGAGUCCAAACAAGGCGUAAAGGAGUAUGCCACUGAAGUGAAGACGAUUAGACAUCUCAGGCAUAAAAAUUUAGUGGAGCUCGUCGGCUGGUGUCAUGAGAGAAAUAAGUUCCUCCUUGUGUAUGAGUUCAUGUCUAACGGUAGCUUAGACUCUCAUUUGUUCAAAGAUAAAGCGCCGCUGACAUGGGAAAAGAGGUACAAUAUCGCUCAAGGCAUUGCCUUAGGGCUGAAAUACUUGCACGAGGAUUUGAAACAAUGCGUUGUGCACAGGGAUAUAAAGUCUAGCAAUAUCCUACUUGAUGCACAAUUCGAGGCUAAAUUGGGGGAUUUUGGCUUGGCUCGGAUAGUCGACCAUGCCAAAGGGUCGCAAACAACUCUAGUGGCUGGGACCACGGGAUAUUUGGCCCCUGAAUGUAUCUAUACAGGCAAGGCAAGCAAGGAAUCUGAUGUCUACAGCUUCGGAGUCGUCGUCUUAGAAAUAGCGUGUGGAAGAAGAGCUAUUGAACCGAGAGCAUCACAAGGCCAAAUCCAACUCGUGGAAUGGGUCUGGGAGCUCUAUGGUAUCCGAAAGCUAUUCGAUGCGGCAGAUCCAAAGUUAGGAGAAAAUUUCGAUGCGAGACAAAUGGAGUGCUUGAUGAUUGUAGGCCUCUGGUGCGCUCAUCCAGACCCUAAGGAACGGCCUCCCAUAAGCAAAGCGAUAGCCUUUUUGAACUUCGAUGCUUCACCACCCAUUCUCCCACCAAAUUUGCCCAUGCCGACAUAUAUUGUGCCUCCAUCUUCGAUGCCCGAAUCGUCGCACGUUACGUCCGCCAGCUUCAGAAGUAGUGAACCACCGAGUGCUUUCAAUUACGAACUGUCCACAUUUACCGGUUCUUCCAAGAAAUCUUGCAGUUCAUCUUCUUCUGCGUUGCUUUCGAAUGCAGAGUAAGUUCACUGUUUUUAUGGGUUCUGUAAUGCGACUUUGGUGUUCUAUGAUUCGUAUGUAUUACAUGUACACAAGCAGACCUUUAGUUUCAAGUUUCUAUUUCCUCUUAUUUUUGGAUUUUCACAUUACGUGUUAGAUUUUGUGCCAGCAUUGUAUGGAUUUUGAUGUGAAAGUGGGUGUAUAUGUGUUAGUGGGACAACACAGCAAAGGGUGAAAAGGAAACAUAUAUGACUUUCAUUGAGAAAGUAUUACAAUGUUGAUGGGUUUCAUACUUGACUGAACAGUCUUGCCUAUUAAUAGACUCAAUCCACGGACCUAUACAUGCAAUUUAUCUCUGCAAUUGUCAGA